AUGCAUUCCUCGCUCUUGGCCAGCAACGUAGGCGCGCUGCUGCCAUUUCUGGUGGUGCUGCUCGGCCAAGUGGCCAUGUCGUUCGUGUUGGAAGGUUCGGCGACUAGUUACGCGCAGUUCAGAAAAUGGAACGCCGGGCUGAACGGCACGCUGGAGUUCGAGUUCAAGACCGAGCAGGGCAACGGUCUGCUUCUCUACACCGACGACGGUGGCACCUACGACUUCUUCGAGGUGAAGCUGGUCGAGAGCGCGCUCCGACUGAGAUACAACCUCGGCGGCGGUGCGCAGAUCGUCACCGUCGGCCACGACCUCGGCGACGGCCACUGGCACAAGGUGCAGAUCACCAGGUGCAACGAGAACACAACGUUGACGGUGGACGGAGUCAGCGCGGUAUCCACGUCGCGCGGCAAGGAGUUCGAGUUUGGCAAACUGUCAGGCAACUCCGACGUUUACGUGGGCGGUAUGCCUAGCUGGUACAACAGCAAGCUGACGUUGCUGGCGUUGCCGAGCGUGAUCUUCGAGCCGAGGUUCAACGGGUUCAUCAGGAACCUGGUGUACGCCGACGGGGAGAACACGGUGCCCAGAAGGCAGGAGAUGAAGAGCCGAGACGCCAAGGUAAAUGAGUUUCCUUUGUCGCAAGGCCAGGUAUAAUAAUGAACUGCGCGAUUGUAACGCGACGCAGGAUAUAUUUACUUGCGCGUAGGACGUAUGAAAGGCUAUGAUAGGUAUGAAUGAGCUCGGCGGGUCACGAGCGUAGGAAUAGAAUGAAAUUCACAAAGGAUGAACGUCGCACCACGGUGAUAUCGAACGUUGAACUACCCCCUUGGUUUAUAAAUAUUUGUUACGUAACGAGGCGAUGCGACGUUGUAAAAAAAUGAAGUUACUCAGGUAUGUAUAUACCUGCUGUUACUUGUAUCAUUGAUAAAUUUUUCAGAUAACAAAGAAUUUAAAAUAA